CAGUACCGCAACUACUACAGCCAUGGACUCGCUUGUGCCAUCCAUAGAGACGUCUCGCCUUGCGCCUGCUGCCUCACCUUCCCUAUCGCCUCAAGACACCGACGCGCCCAAACCCAUGACUUUGGACCACGACAAGUUUGCUUCGCCCGCUCCGCCCACCACCGCAUCUUCCAUGACUCCACCUCCUUCUUCUCAGCUCCCGCCAACUCGCACUGUGGCCAGGACCCCCACCCCACCAACACCUCAAUUGACCUCUCCUCCACCAACCUCCAAGCUCCCGAACCAACCUUCGGCCCUGGCUGAGACAGCUGCAGCCGUUUAUUCCCAAGAUGAGAUUAACAACGCUUCUACCGACGACCUCAGGUCCAUGGUCGUCGAAGUCACCAAUGCGUUGCGCGACGUCAGGCUCUCUGCCGCUCACUACAAGCUGCAGUACAACAUGGCAGUCAUGGAGAGCCAGGAGGCAGCCAGUCGCAUGGCAGUCGAAUUAGCCAUGGCCCAGCGUGAGAUUGAUGUCCUGCAGCAGGCAGAGGAAAAGCGCCGCAAUGCUACCAUUCCCGAACCAAACUACGAAGAGUCGUCCACCAACGCAGCCAACGCGAUUCUCAUUUCGGAUAUGAAUCGUCGACUCCAGAUGCUGCAAACCGAAAACGAAGCGUUGCAUGAUGUAAACGACCAGCGGAAACGCCUCAUUGAGCAUCGAGAGGGCGAACUCGCUAGCUUGGUGGAGGAGAACGACCGCCUUAAAACACGAAUCCGUAGAAAUCGCGAACAUAUUGCUCCCUAUCUGCCCUUCCUGGAACAGAUGGGCCAGUCUCCACGGUCGAAUUUCGGUACUCCUCAAGCUACUCCCCGCCAAAAGGCGAACCGCAUGAAUCCACCCGCGUCUAAUGAGGGCAACAGAGGACAGAGCAAUUUCGAAGCGCUUCUCCUAGCCGACAAAAUGCUGAGCCAAGAUCCCACGACAGCCCCAUCAACACCAACGAGACACAGCACGCAACGUUCACGCUAUGGACACAGCCGGGGAACCCACUCCAUGUCUUCGAUGCCGCAGACUCAGACUCCCAACAGGCGGUCUCACGCUCGAUCCCAUGCGCCACGCACUCCGCCGACAUUUUCUGCUGUCAACAUUCCUCAAUCUGCUCCUCCAGCACACUAUCAGUCCGAGACCACGACCGCUCGUCGCGAAAGCAGCAACUCUACCAUCACCGCAUCUAGUAUAGACGAAGAGGAAGCGUUUACUGACAAAGAAGAAGAGCAGAUUCCCGAAUCACAGGCGAGUCAGGCCGCCACGAGCAUGCUUAGAAAGGUACUUCCCCCGAAGCACUCGUCUGCCCCGUCAUCUCAAUCUGCCAACUUGAUUCAGAGCAAGAUAUAUGGCCAGGUCAAGAAGGGCCAUGGCCUGACCAAGUCUGGCGAUUUUGAGAAGAGAAGAUUGCAAUCUUCAGAACAUCACGGCAAUCCUUCCAAGCGCGGCCGAGUAGAUGCAAGCCUUGGACUGGGCAUUGGCGGCCUGCUGCGUGACCCAUGAAAGGAUGCUGCUAGAAGACGAAUCAUGAGUGAUGACUGCGAACCUGUUUUUAUUUAUUUUGGAACUGGGGUGGGGCAUUGAAUUGUAGUUUUGGAUGGUGCACAACAGCACCUCUCUUCUCAGUUGUAAUAUUUCGCGCUCGGAUUGUUUUCCUCUUACGAAGGACUUUAUACCAGGGACCGUUGCGUCUUGCAGGACGAGAACUAGAUAGCAAAUGAACAAUACACAAAUAAUGAAUGUUGAACCCACCGAAAGAAGCCUAAC